UAUCCUCUUCUCAUUCUUUCUUCACUACACUAAUGGCGUUCACUCAAACGACACAGAACCACUCGUCGUUUUCCUCGGAAGCCCUCUUCGCCGUCCAUGACCAGCUUCUGUCCGCCAUGGACUGGUCGUUCUUGGGGGAGUUUCUAAAGGGCAUGGUGAAGCCGCUGGCCGCCACCGUGCUGGUUCUCUUGGCGGUGGCGUUGUCGUUCUUGCAGAAGCUGGGAAUGGAGAGUGAGAUGGUUUAUUCAAUCAUCAGAGCCUUUGUUCAGCUCUCUGUGAUUGGGUUUGUUCUUCAGUUCAUUUUUACUCAACACAAUGUUGCUUGGAUCCUUCUCGCUUACCUUUUCAUGGUGACGGUGGCGGGAUACACCGCCGGUCAACGGGCAAAACACGUUCCUAGAGGGAAAUUAGUGGCGGGAGUGUCGAUCCUGGCGGGAACUUCAUUGACCAUGUUCUUCCUGGUUGUUCUGAGAGUAUUCCCGUUCACUCCACGCUAUAUUAUCCCUGUUGCAGGAAUGAUGGUUGGGAAUUCAAUGACUGUAACUGGGGUCACCAUGAAAAGACUCAGAGACGAUAUCAGAACUCAGAUAAAUCUUGUGGAGACAGCACUGGCUCUUGGGGCGACACCGCGGCAAGCGACGGUUCAGCAGGUGAAGAGGGCUCUGGUGAUAUCUCUGUCGCCGGUAGUAGACAACACGAAAACGGUGGGUCUUAUCUCGCUUCCUGGGGCGAUGACUGGGCUUAUUAUGGGAGGAGCCUCUCCAUUAGAGGCUAUUCAGCUUCAGAUUAUAGUGAUGAACUUUAUGAUUGGUGCUUGUACAGUUAGUAGUGUUUUGUCUACCUAUCUAUGUUGGCCUGGCUUCUUCACCAAAGCUUAUCAGUUGCAGACCAAAGUUUUUGUUCCACCAUAAUAAUUAGGAUCCCUAAUCAAAUUAAGUGUAUUAUUAUCAUUAUGGCAUUAGUUUCAAGUAAUUGAGGAGAUAAAUAAUGAGAUAAAGCAUAUUAGAAUAAUAUGCAAUUAAAUUUAGCAUAUAUUUAUUUCGCCAUAUUAAAAAAAAAUUGACAUAUCUCAGUAAUGAUAAGCCAUUUUAUGAUCAUUUCACCAAACUAAGCCGUCAUCCUAUCGACGAGCGUACUACCAAGAUAGAAUACCAAUAUCGACGAGCGUUAAGAUCGGCCGAGAUUGGUACAUCCAAGACCCUUCCUCGGCAAUCUUGAACCACCCAUAUUGAAUAUUUAGUUUUUGUAUGCCUAGUCCAACACGGUACGCCAAAAAUAUGGGUGCCGAGAGUUAUGUUUUUUUGUAGUGCCUAAUGUUAUGUUGGCUGUACUUGGCGGAAAAAUAUAUAUUAAUUAUUAGAUUAGAUUAUAAGUUA